CACUUUCCCUCGGUCGAACGGUCGAACGAGUCAAGGAUGGCGACCGCUACGAUCGGAACGAAGAAAGGAGAAAAGAUUGAGAGAAUGGGAGAGAGCGAGGGGGUACGCGAUUCCAUCGAGAACAAAGUGUGUCGAGGUCUUCUCACGGACAGUCAUCGGUGGCCAAAGUUCGUUUCGUUCUCGCACAAUCACGGUUCCGACUCUCUUCUUCCUCCGUUAAAAUCUUUUUAUCUACUCCCACUUUUCUUCUGCUUUUCCUCUUCCUCCGUCGUGGGGGCUCUAUACGUUUUCUGUUGUCGAUCUCUCCUUGCCGUAGCCGAGCGUAGCCAAAUAGAAGGCGAUGGACGUUUUUGCCGGUAGUCUCGCGGAUGCGACGACUUUAUUGAAAUAGUUGGAGGCGGUGUGUCUGAUCGCGGGUGGUGUCAGUUGUCGCGACGAUAGAAACGUGUGGAAUGUCUUUGAAAAGGAUCAGUUAAUUUCAUUCCUCUGGAUGUUCAGGAUGCCGUUGUUCACCGUAGCUUUAAAAUUGUGCACGCUAUGGAGUUUGCUAAUAUGUUGCUGGUGUUACACCGAGGAAAUUGUUGCGGCGCGUUAUCGUCAUCAGCGGGGGACCGUACCCGACAGAUACGGAAUAUCCGAAAAAUUUUUAAUGCCGCCGCCGCCGAUGCGAGGAAGACGGCCAGAAGCGAGAUGGGACAGAUCCGUGUCUCCAGUGAUGAUGAUUCGUAGGGACACGCACGUCCGACCUUACGUAAGAUUAGCGAAAGUGGAACAGGAACGAGAACAACCGGAUCCGUUGGUCGCGAUCACUGAAACACUCGGCGCUUUAAACACCGUCGGUAGUUACAUCGUGAACAUGACCAGAGGCGUCGAGAAUUCGAGUUAUCCACCGAAGGAAUUGCCAUCGGCUAUAUACACCAUCUCCAAGAACAUUUUAGGACGUAACGUGACGGAUAGCAUCGCGCCGUUGGUCCGAGGCGUAGCUAUGCCCUUGCGAGCGACGCCGACCGGAGCAGCGGCGGCAGCGGCGCUCGGCAGUUCCGAUAACGUAAAUCGGAUUGACGACAGGGAGAAAGAUUCGGCUCCGAGCGGGUGCAUCACCGCCGACGGUAACCCCGGCAAAUGCCAGGAUUUAAGCAACUGUCCUCAGUUGUUACUCGAUCUCACGAAAUUAAGGCAGUCGUUGUGUUUCAAAAGCCUGUUCGUACCGGGCGUUUGUUGUCCAUUGACAAAUAGACCCGACACCGACUCGGAUCUUAGUCCGGCACCCGGCGCGAAUCCAAUAUCAUCAGGACAGGAGGCAGGAAUUCAUUCGUCACCACCGCCUCGACCAUCACCACCGGUCCGGCCGACGAAACCGCAUCAGACUCCUCGACCGAUUCCAUUGUUUCCAAUAGCGAUAGCGAUUUCCUCCUCGUCUACGACGUCUUCGCCAAUAAAUCCUGUUCGACCGUUGACCACCCCGACCACCGAAUUAGUUGCGACGCCACGGCCUUCCGUCGAUCCGUCGACGACGAAUCAGGCCAACGGUUUCAUCGACAAUAACUUUAUACAAGACGACGAAGAAUGCGGAGUAAGAAACUCGGGCAAAUAUCGAGUGGUGGGUGGAGAAGAGGCCCUUCCAGGACGUUGGCCUUGGAUGGCAGCGAUAUUCUUACACGGAUCGAAACGUACCGAAUUCUGGUGCGGUGGAUCGCUCAUCGGAUCACGAUUCAUUCUGACCGCUGCUCAUUGCACGCGCGAUCAUCGACAACGACCAUUCGCCGCAAGACAGUUCACCGUACGACUCGGUGAUAUAGAUCUGGAGAGGGACGACGAACCAUCCGCACCGGAAACUUACGCGGUCAAACAGAUACAUGCGCAUCCAAAGUUUUCUCGUGUCGGAUUCUACAAUGACAUCGCGGUGCUUGAGCUAACCAGGCCUGUACGAAAAUCCUCUUACGUGAUACCGAUCUGUCUACCGCAAGCUCGUUACAGAAGCGAGGAAUUCGCUGGUGCCAGGCCCACAGUCGUCGGAUGGGGAACCACAUACUAUGGAGGAAAGGAGAGCACGGUUCAACGUCAAGCCGUGCUUCCUGUCUGGAGGAACGAAGAUUGCAACGCGGCAUACUUUCAACCGAUCACCAGUAAUUUUCUAUGCGCUGGCUACAGUCAAGGUGGCAAAGAUGCCUGUCAGGGUGACUCCGGUGGUCCAUUGAUGCUCAGAGCUGACGGCAGAUGGAUUCAGAUUGGCAUCGUAUCUUUCGGUAACAAAUGCGGUGAACCCGGAUAUCCGGGAGUUUAUACACGCGUCACCGAGUACAUCGACUGGAUUAAGAAUAAUCUGAAUUAAAUGAAUCCAUCAUCGAUCGUCGUUCCCUAUUGCUCUUAUACACACACACGCGCGCGCGCGCAUAUAACUGUUUGUUCAUGUUCAAGUGCCAAGUCCAAAGUUAUUUAUAGAUUAUAUAUUACAUUUUUCUAUAUGUACUGUUCUUCCCGCCCUGGUUACAUUAUGUUUUGCAGUUCGUGAGGAUCCAACCGCACUUCAAAGAUCAUAUCCUGUAUAUAUUACACGCGUAUAAAAAAAUGAUUAAAUUAGUUAAUUAACAUUACCAAAAUAACGCGAUUAACGUGUUUGGAAAUGUUCCGCACAUAUCGUCCGUCCAUCCACCAUCUACUAUAUCUUUUAGUAGUACGAUCAGUUGUAGUACGAUCAGUGUAUAUAUUAUAUACAUACGUACAUAUAUAUAUAUUGUAUAUUAACAUUUUUGUAUAAACAUGCGUAUAAUAAUAGCGUAACGUUAUUAUUUAUUUUAAGCAGCAAAUAUAGUCGCUAACGCUCUCGAUUGUUUUGAUUUGAUAAAUCGUAUCGUCCGUCCCA